UAGUUGACAUUGGUUCACAUGUUUCACAUCCUUGUGCAUUGAAUCCCCGAUCUCGUAUAAAACGCCAGUUCAUACAGUAAACAAUACAAAUUCCUCGCGAGCAUACCUCGUCUCAAAAUUAUCGGUAACAAUCGCACCGGUCGUCAAUUAUUCCGAAUAUAAAUCUCCACUGACUGUGCACUAGCGGUUCGAUUGUUAGGUUAUGGUAACGUUUGCUAGCAGGUGACUUGCACAAUCCCAGCGACUAGCACAACAAUUCACCGGGAACAAUGGAUUCAGCUGAUUACAAGUUGAAUUGUACAUUAACCGGACAUUCGGCAGAUGUCCGGGCUAUCGCUUGUUUCGACGAUGGAACUUUAGUGUCAGCAUCGCGUGACAAGACCGCACGUGUGUGGAGGCCAAGCCAAGAAGGACGUGAAUACACGACGACAGAGAUCUUAAAAGGCCACAAAAGUUUCGUCAGCUCGCUAUGUGUCCUGAAUCCCUCUCCGAAGAAUCCCCAAAGCCUUAUAAUAACAGGAAGCAACGACAAAUCCAUAAACAUAUACAUUCUCGGCGAAGAAAGCCCCACUCGAACGAUAAACGCCCACGAGGACACAGUUUGCAAUUUGCGAACAGGCCAGGAGGAUGGUACAUUCUUAUCAAGUUCCUGGGACCUCAGUGCCAAGCUCUGGAGCCUGGAGAAUCCCGAGGAACCAAGACUGAUCCUCCGCGGGCACUCUUUGAGCGUCUGGUGUGUGGCAGAUCUAAAGAGCGGCUUAAUUAUAACAGGUUCAGCUGAUAAAUUAGUAAUUGUUUGGUCCAGAGAGGGUACGAUCCUGCAAAAGCUCGAGGGUCAUACAGACUGCGUUCGGGAUAUUGCUGUCAUCAAAGACGAUGAGUUUCUCACGUGUUCCAACGACACGACCGUCAAACACUGGAGCGUACUAGCUGGCGAGUGCCUCGGUACUUACUCCGGUCACGAGAAUUUCAUUUACUCGAUAUUUACUCUUCCAAAUGCAGCCACAGUGGUAACAUGUGGUGAAGAUAAGACUGUGAAGCUCUGGAAAAAUGGCGAGAAUUGCCAGACAAUUGCCAUUCCUGCUACCUCCAUCUGGUGUGUCAGAAUUCUGUCGAAUGGUGACAUCGCGGCUGGUUCCUCCGAUGGAAUCAUCAGGAUAUUCUCAGCUAAUUCUGAUCGCCACGCCAGCCCUGAGGUGCUCGAGGCCUGGAAAACGGCGGUGUCUGACGACCAGGCCCAAUCCCGUCUGUCGUUGAACGAUCAGAUCAAGCUCAAUGAGCUGCCUGAUGCUGCUGCACUCAGUGUUCCCGGCAAAAAGGAUGGACAGACUCUGAUGGUUAAGGAGGGGGGCCAGGGAAUUGCAUACAGCUGGUCUGCGAGGGAUCAGACGUGGGUGAGGAUGGGCGAAAUCGUCGGAACUACCGAGGGAAAUGCAAAAACUAUGUACAAUGGGGUGGAAUACGAUUAUGUGUUUUCUGUGGAUGUUCAGGAUGGUUUUCCACCUCUAAAACUACCGUACAAUAAGACUGACGAUCCGUGGCAAGCUGCACAGAAGUUUAUACAUCAACAUGAGCUGAGCCAGAUGUUUUUAGAUCAGGUUGCCAAUUUCAUCGUGAAAAAUUCGAGCAGCACUCCAGCCCUCCAGCCUUCCUCCAGUUACGCCGAUCCCUUCACUGGUGGUAGUCGUUACAUCCCAGGCUCAGGACUGCCCAAUGCCCCCAAGCCAACUACAUCGGUUCCUAACCCGGAUCCCUUCACUGGUAUCACAGCUUCAUCUUCACACCAAGAGGCACCUCCCGCAGCAACAGUUUACAUCCCCCAUCGAAGCUAUCUAAGGCUAGAGCAGGCAAAUGCUGCUGCUAUUCUGAAUAAACUCCAAGAAUUCAACUCGAAACUUGUAAAUACAGAUAAAAUGCCUGAGGAGAAGGUGGAGGCUCUGGUGAAUUUAAUAAGCAAAGAUAUUUCUGACGAGAGUGCAGAGGAAGUAACUGCUUUAUGGAAUAUCCUCGAGGAUUGGCCACCAGAAUUUUCUUUCCCAGCUCUUGAUAUUGCUCGUCUAGCUGUCCUCCACCCAUCAUCCAAUCGAUGCAUAUGCUCAGAGAAAUUAUUUCCAAUUGUUCAGCGACACAUGUCUAGUGAGGCUGUUGCAGCCAAUCAAAUGCUCACAUUCAGAUUGUUAGCCAACAUGUUUACUCAGGAGGAUGGAGAAAAAUUUGGACUCAGUUGCAGUGAUGAUAUUCUAAAUCUAAUCGUCAAUUUAGAAUCAUUUGGCAGUAAAAAUAAUCAGGUUGCAGCUUCAACGUACAUGCUCAAUUUGAGUGUUGCACUGAAUAAACAGGACGAUGUACAGAAAAAAAUCCGAGCCCUCGGUGUUAUAUUAACAAUACUACCAAACUUGACUGAAAUUGAAGCAAUUUUCCGUACGCUCGUUGCACUGGGUACUUUGAUAGCGGGCACAUCGGGUGAUGAUCGGAAUCAAUUAAUUCAUGCCCUUACAAGCCUCGCAUCUGCAGUUAAUCGUUUACAAACAAUGGAAAAGAAUAGAUCUAUGCACGAUCCCCAUGGAAAAGUCGCGAAAUGCUGCUCUGAAAUACUUGCUUUAAUUGCGUGAAUUGAUGAUAAUUUGUAUCCUAUUUUUAUCAACUUAUGUAUCUGUGGAAUAAAAAAAAUUGCCGACAUA